UCCCUCCGCCCAGAGGAACACACUUGCUGGGGAAGUUUCCUUUUGUUUCUUCCCCACCCACUUUGGGUCCCGGCUGGCAGAGAUGGACCAUCCAACACCCAAGGUUCUCCCUUCCAGAUCCCACGGCCCCUCCCUAGGACUGUGGACUUUGGAGGCUGGCAGGGUGAGGUUCUCAGUGCGACCCUCCAUCAGCCGGAAACUGGCCAUGGUGAACGAACCCAGAGGGGAUGGCGGCCCCCCUCCCCGCUCGGAGGGCAGCAGCAGUGGCAGCGAGAGCUCUAAGGAGAGUUCAAGAUGUUCCACACCUGGGCUGGACCCCGAGCGCCACGACAGACUCAGGGAGAAGAUGAGGCGGAGGAUGGAAUCUGGGGACAAGUGGUUCUCCCUAGAAUUCUUCCCUCCUCGGACGGCCGAGGGGGCUGUCAAUCUCAUCUCAAGAGCCCGUGGGAAGGUGGUGAAGGGCCGUGUGCUCUCAGGAGCCCCUCUUCAGAAAGAAAUUACCUACAGGUUUGAUCGGAUGGGGGCAGGUGGUCCCCUCUUCAUAGAUGUGACCUGGCAUCCAGCAGGGGACCCCGGCUCAGACAAGGAGACCUCCUCCAUGAUGAUUGCCAGCACUGCUGUGAACUACUGUGGCCUGGAGACCAUCCUGCACAUGACCUGUUGCUGUCAGAGCCAGGGACAGAUCACGGGCUACCUGCACAAGGCCAAGCGGCUGGGCCUGAAGAACAUCUUGGCGUUGCGGGGAGACCCCGUGGGUGACCAGUGGGAAGAGGAGGAGGGAGGCUUCAGCUAUGCCGCGGACCUGGUGAGGCACAUCCGGAGCGAGUUUGGGGACUACUUUGACAUCUGUGUGGCAGGUUACCCCAAAGGCCACCCCGACGCAGGGAGCUUUGAGGCUGACCUGAAGUACUUGAAGGAGAAGGUGUCCGCAGGAGCCGACUUCAUCAUCACCCAGCUUUUCUUUGAGGCGGACACAUUCUUCCACUUUGUUAAGGCUUGCAGCGAGAUAGGCAUUACCUGCCCCAUCCUCCCCGGCAUCUUUCCUAUUCAGGGCUACCAUUCCCUUCGGCAGCUUGUGAAACUGUCCAGGCUGGAGGUACCACAGCAGAUCAAGGACGUGAUUGAGCCGAUCAAAGACAAUGACGCUGCCAUCCGAAACUAUGGCAUUGAGCAGGCCGUGAGCCUGUGCCAGGAGCUUCUGGCCAGCGGCUUGGUGCCAGGCCUCCAUUUUUAUACCCUCAACCGUGAGAUGGCCACCACAGAGGUGCUGAAGCGUCUGGGCAUGUGGAUUGAGGAUCCCAGGCGUCCCCUGCCCUGGGCCGUCAGUGCCCACCCAAAGCGGCGGGAGGAAGAUGUACGUCCCAUCUUCUGGGCCUCCAGACCAAAGAGUUACAUCUACCGCACGCAAGAGUGGGAUGAGUUCCCCAACGGGCGCUGGGGCAAUUCCUCCUCGCCAGCUUUCGGGGAGCUGAAGGACUACUACCUCUUCUACCUGAAGAGUAAGUCCCCAAGGGAAGAGCUACUGAAGAUGUGGGGGGAGGAGCUGACCAGCGAAGAAAGUGUCUUUGAGGUCUUUGCACACUACCUCUCGGGAGAGCCCAACCAACAUGGCUAUAAGGUGACUUGCCUCCCUUGGAAUGAUGAGCCCUUGGCGGCCGAGACCAGCCUGAUGAAGGAGGAGCUGCUGCGCGUGAACCGGCAGGGGAUCCUCACCAUCAACUCGCAGCCCAACAUCAACGGGAAGCCGUCCUCCGACCCCGUCGUGGGCUGGGGCCCCAGUGGGGGCUAUGUCUUCCAGAAGGCCUACUUGGAGUUCUUCACUUCCCGCGAGACGGUGGGGGCACUUCUGCAGGUGCUGAAGAAGUACGAGCUCCGGGUUAAUUACCACAUCGUUGACGUCAAGGGUGAAAACAUCACCAAUGCCCCUGAGCUGCAGCCCAACGCGGUCACUUGGGGCAUCUUCCCUGGGCGGGAGAUCAUCCAGCCUACCGUGGUUGAUCCUGUCAGCUUCAUGUUCUGGAAGGAUGAAGCCUUCGCCCUGUGGAUUGAGCAGUGGGGCAAGCUGUACGAGGAGGAGUCGCCGUCCCGCAUGAUCAUCCAGUACAUCCACGACAACUACUUCCUGGUCAACCUGGUGGACAACGAAUUUCCGCUGGACAACUGCCUGUGGCAGGUGGUGGAAGACACAUUCGAACUUCUCAACAGGCCUGAGCCAGAGCAAGACACACAGGCUCUGUGAUCCCUUACCCUCGUGGCCUUAGCCUGAGGCCCCUGCUGUCCUGCCUUCCUCCUCCCCAGGCCUGGUUCUCCCGGGGACCCCUCUUCUCCGGCAUUUCUCCCCCAGCCCUGGCCUCCACUCCUCCGUGAUGAUGGCAGCUAGACUGGCGCGAGGCUUCCCGGCUCUGGCUGGACCGGAGUCAGCCCCACGGGGGAGCCUGGUGUUCCUCGCUCGGCCUAGACUGUGUGCACCCUGAGGAGUGCACCCUGUCCUGCUGAGGACCGUGGUGGGAGGAACAACAUCCUGCCUGAGAAGAGAGGGCAGUUGUUGCUGACCGAGCCCUUGGACCAGGGCAGCCACUGGGAGCUGGGGCUGCCAGUGACCUUGCACUUGGGACCUGCGGAGCAGCAAAGUGAACCCCGGGUGGCAGGCAUUUGUGGUGCUGCGGAAGACACUGGCCCAGCGGAGGUGGUGGCUGCUGGCAUGUCCCCUUGUGGCUGGAGGGGCAGACCCUGCCCUGCCCACCUGCUUGGAGGGCCGCCCGGUUGGCUUCUAGACAGGCCUUGGCCUGAAGCCUGAUAACGCCAGCAUUUCUUGGCGCCCCCCCCCACUCCCCCACCCCCCGCUGCCUGUCUGCCCGAGAGCCAGCUAGGGCUUUCACUUUUCUCCUCUGCUGCUUUACAGAAGAACUAUUUCUGUAUUCCGGUGGUUCAAGAGGGAAGGUGCCUCGUACAGGUUAAAGGCAUCUCAACCCUUAUACUUGGUGGAGCCCUUGACCUGCCCUUCAUCCCCUCUGACCGCAGAGGGGAUACCCUGUCUUACUGUCAAGGGCAAAGAUAAGGCUCCACAGAG